UGCCAUGGAGCCGGCCGGGCCGUGCGGCUUCUGCCCGGUGGGCGAGACUCGGCCUGCCCGCUACACCUGCCCGCGCUGCAACGUGCCCUACUGCUCGCUGACCUGCUACCGGGCGCACGGCUCCUGCGCCGAGGACUUCUACCGCGACCAGGUGCUGGGCGAACUCCGCGGCCGCAGCGCCUCCCCCAGCCGCCUGGCCAGCGCCCUGCGUCGGCUGCGUCAACAACGCGAGGCCGAGGACGAGCCCGAGGAAGUCGGCCUCAGCCCGGGCUCGGCGCCCGGCGGCCUGACGGGACUCUGGGAGCGCCUGGCGCCCGCCGAGAAGGCCACCUUCGAGCGGCUGCUGAGCCGAGGCGAGGCCGGGCGCCUGCUGCCCCCGUGGCGGCCGUGGUGGUGGGGAGAUGGCCGCGAGGACGGACGUCGGCUCCUGGAGGAGGUGGAGGAGGCGGCGGGGCCGGGGCCUGAGGACGGGCCGGGGCCUGGGGACGAGCCUGCGCCUGGGGACGAGCCUGGGGACCAGCCUGCGCCCUGCCCGGUGCCCCCCGUGCCCGCCCGCAUCCCGGCGCUGGCCAGCCUGAGCCGCGGCCCGGCCUCGCCGCUCGUGCGCUUCCAGCUGCCCAACGUGCUGUUCGCCUACGCGCACGCCCUGGCCCUGUACCACGGGGGCGACGACGCCGCGCUGCUGCCCGACCUGGGCGCCACCCUGCUCGGUGUGUCGGGGGCCCUGGGCGCCCAGCAAGUCUUCUCCUCCUGCGAGGAAGCCCUGCAAGCCGCCGCCCACGUGCUGGAAGCCGGCGAGCACCCACCGGGGCCGCUGGGCACUCGGGGUGCCAUGCAAGAGGCCGCCCGCAUCCUGCUGGGCCGUGGCCAGGCUCAGCAAAAAAGCUACACGCUGGCAGCCCUGGGGCACCUGGCCCAGACCCUCGGCCGCGCCCGCACGCGGACCGCGGACCCCCAGGAGCGCGAGCGCCUCUACCGCGCCCGGAAGAAGUGCCAGUACCUGCUGGCCUGGACCAACGAGAACGAGGCGGCCCUCACGCCCCUGGCCCUGGACUGUGCCCGUGCCUACCGAGCCCACGCGGCGGCGGCCGAGGAAGUGGCCGCGCUCACCGGCGAGCUGGAGCGGCUCUGGGGCGGCCCUGUGCCACCUGCGCCCAGGACACUCAUCCAAGAGCUCCCUGGCUGAAGGCGGGCGUGGGGAUCGCCAGGCCGGGAAUAAAGCUGUGCUAAGUCA